UAAAAGUUGAAACAUACGAUCUUUGACAUUAGUCUUCAGAGUGAGAAACAAGCCUUCGUCUGUAAUUUAACGCAUAUUGCUGAUGUUGAUCGUCAAGAUUAACAACAUAUAAACUAAAAUGGGCUCAUCUGAAUCAAAAUCUCAACAUCCUGAGGUCUUGACUCCUGAACCAAAACCAGUGGACAAACAAGUAGUCCGAGAGCUGGAAACCCCAUGGAGGAAAUUCAAUUGGAAUCAGAAAGAAGAACUGAAAGCAAAGCUGGAAAACUUUACCCCAGCUAAUCCAAAUGCAAAGGACAUCAAGAUCCUGGUAGCUGGACAAAUUGGAGCAGGAAAGUCCAGCUUUAUUAACUCCAUCUGCAGCGCCAUUCAAGGACGGAUCUCCGCUAGAGCGCUGGUUAAUUCAUCUGCUGGCGACAGUCAUAGUUUCACUCAAAGUCUCAAAGGAUUCACCAUCAGAAGUGGGAAAAAAACGUUGCCCUUUGUCUUCAAGGACAUCAUGGGCUUGGAACCUGAAGUUUUGGCUGGGUCGCAAACGGAAGACAUCAUCAAUGCUGUGUUUGGACACGUCAAGGACGGCUAUAAAUUCAACCAGGACCAGGCCCUCUCUCAUAAGGAUCAACAUUACAACUUUGACCCCAACCUCACCGACCAGGCUUUCUGCCUGGUUUACAUAAUACCCGGGGAUACAGUCCAAUUCACGGAUCAUCGACUUCUUGACAAGUUGAAGAUCAUCCGGCAGAGAAUCAGCGAUAAGGGAAUUCCUCAAGUGGUUGUCAUGACCAAAGUGGAUGAAACAUGUCCACUGGUCAGACAAGACCUGGAAAAGAUGUACACUAGCAAGAAAAUCAAACAGAAGAUGGAGUUGUGCAGUAGUGCAACUGGUGUGCCAAUGUCAAACAUCUUCCCGGUGAAGAACUAUCACGAUGAGAUUGAAACAGAUGAUAAAACUGAUGUUCUGAUACUAAAGGCACUUGAACAGAUUAUUCAGCUUGCUGAUGAUAGACUGGAGGAUAGUGAUAUCUACUGAAAAGAAUCAUAUAUAUAUAUAUAUAUAUAUAUAU